AUGGAUCCGCCUCUUCGAAAACCGGUCAGUUCCCCCCCAUUCCCUCUUUUACUGUCUGACCUGUCUGCCCUCUCUUUUCCCUCCCCAACUAGGUCAUAGAAGCCAGGAAAUGGCACGUGAGAGAAAAGAAAGCGCAGAGAAAACAGAUCGUUUCGAGCUAUAGUGAAUGGACUAUAAUAUUUUUCAAUGAGUCCCUUUUAACUUUUUCAAAAUUAUUGGAUCAUGGUCGCAAUUAGAAUGGCUAUAUGCGCAAUUCUUACAAAGCGGUUGUUUUUAAACGCUCCCGACUUGAAACGACUUGCGCGCAAAGUCAUCAGAAUGCCUCCGAACAAUAUUACGAAUAUCUAGUCGCCUCUAGACGCGAAUUUCAACCAAAACGCGACCACGACGCUUAGAAACAUUCCAAAUGCAACCACGGAAACUUAAAAUAUUCAAAUGACAAUCAAAAGUUCAGGCGAAAUGGACAAAAGCGACUUAUACGUGCGUCCUUUCUUCGGUUCUCGCCUUGAGUUACAGCCUCGUCUUUAGCAUAUUCAGCUUGGUCGUUAUCAAUAUCACCAGGACUCCUGGUUUCUUUUCCUUGUACUGCGCAAGUUUCAAACAGUAUAGAUUCCGCGCCAGUUUUUCACGAUUUUUGCUUUCCUUCAAGCCAGAAACGUUCCCCUCGAUGCGUGCGGCAUGUCUCUAUGCAUGCGCCUUCAAUACAACAUGAACUUGAGCCUAAAUCAUUUGAUUUGUAUUCGAUUCAGCUUAGAAAAAUGUUUCAAGUGAAAAUCAAAUUAUUUUACCUAAAAUUCCAAUAUAUUAAAGGCGCGUGCACAGAGACAGGCCGCGCGCAUCGAAGCUAAGGGUUCUGUAGCUCACAGAAAAACGAAAAUGGCGACAAGCUGGCGUGGAAUAGGCUAUAUGAUGCGGAUGAUUUCUUUUCGUUAAAAAAAUAUGAAAAGUUAGAAGCUCAUUCUUUCUGACCAAGGCAGUGAGGAGCACAAAAAAAGAAACUUUCUCUCCUUUUUUGACCUGAAUUUUUACUUAUCUUAUCAGAAACCCUCGUAAAUAUUAUAUCAAGUAUGCUUUGAAUGAACCAGGAUCAAAUUGAUUUGAGAAUACUUGUCUAAAUUUCCAAAUACGGCAGGGUUUGCAAUGACUUAUUCGCUCUAAUUACCAUUGCACGCGGUUUUUGGAUUUCAAAAGCCCUUAACACAAAAUUUAGUAAGUCUCUAAGUUCAAAACGCGAUAAUACAAAUAUAAAUCACCCACCGCCUUUUUUUGAAACGUUUCGAGGCCUAUGAGUCAAGAAUAACCUAAUUAAAGACUCAAAACAGCUUUUCGUUUCGGGACCAUCUUCGAUAUUGGCUCAUGCUCCUUUAAACACUUCAAGCAGUUUUUCUAAAUAAACUGCACUUUCCUCAUUUUCAGGGUGGGAGUUUUUCAAAAGUCCCUUCGGUAUAUGCUGUCUGAUCAUACUGGCCCUGACUCUCAUCGGACUUUUACUACGUCUCAAAUUUGCAAAAGGCAUGAGAAAGGUGUACGCCUAUAUAUGCGUUAUAGUAUCGGUAAUGCAAAAAAAAUAAAUUUUUAAAGGAAAUCCCAAUUCCAGACUUUGAAACUUCUAUGCGAGAUUGCUUGCUUGUUGAUCGUUCUCACUGGUAAACAGGGAGGUUCGUCAAUUUUCUCAACUUGGAAAAGGAAUUUUUUUCAAAAAUCAAGAGCCCUUCCUCUUUUCAAGCCAAGAAAGUCUUAUCUACUAACUCAAAAAACUCCUAAUCGUUCAGAACCGGAGAUAGCGGACUUGGCGGUGAGCCAGGUGAUCAUCUCGACCAUGGACCUCGUCGUUUUCUGCGCCUUCUUCUCUUACAUCAGACGCUACAAACACCGGGUCUACAUGUUCAAAAACGGCAUCCAGCCGCCUCGGCCGCCGCUGAUCACCUCUGCGAGAGUUCCUCUCCGGGCAAGCCCCGCUUCUACGGCUUUUACUCCCACUCCGCUCUUUGUCCCCAACCCGCCUCCCAAGAAUCCAACCUCCUCGGUCACGUCUGCCCAUUGA